GAAAUGGAUAACCCACUAGGGGAAUAUUUACCGGAUUGGUGCAGCGCGUUGUCCUCGCUUAUGGUGCUGUUGAAGCGGCGAAAAGAAAGAUCCGAAGACGGUGGCCCACCACGCCAAAGAUCUACGAUAGUUAGGCGGCCACGCCAAUCACGCAAACCAAAAGUUCGCCGUCCGCUGAAGAGGCCAUUCGUGUUGAACAGAAACGACAACGCUCCUCGGAUCGAUUAUCUCGAUCAUCUCAUCGAUACUACGAUCGGAGAAUUGCUUGAAAUGACCAGGGACGAUUUUGACUAUCUUCACGAAUUGAUCGGUCCCAAAAUUGCUCGGAUGGACACUUUCCUGCGAAGGGCAGUAACUUCAAAGGAACGAUUUAUAAUAACUCUUCGAUAUCUAGCGACCGGCGAAUCCUACAACAGCAUGCAAAAGAUGUUCCAGGUUUCUAAACAAUUAAUCUCCAGAAUAAUCCCGGAGGUGUGCGCUAGUUUGAUCGAAGUUCUACACGAUUACGUUAAGCUCCCACAGAACAAGGAAGAGUGGCUGAUAGUUUCACGUGAAUACGAAAAUAGGUGGAACUUUCCACACGUUAUUGGCGCGGUAGACGGAAAAUAUGUUGCGUUGAAGGCACCGAUGUAUAGCGAUACAGAGCACAACCAAACGAAGAAUAGUUUCCAUGUUGUUCUAUUGGGGGUUUUAGAUGCGAACUCUAAUUUUAUGUACGUAGACAUAGACAGCAGCGAUGGAGCAUUAUGCUACACCAAACUUAACGCAAUGUUGGAAAACGACGAACUUAAUAUUCCUGAACCGGAGGAACUUGAAAUGUUCUCUUCGGUGAAGGUACCGUACAUGCUGCUUGGCGACCAGGGCUUUCCCUUUAGAAAACACUGCAUUAGACCAUUUGAUGAUCCCGUCAGUGACGGUACUAUCGAAAGCAAUUUCAACGAGAGGCACGCGAUUGCCCGAACUCCUGUGGAAAAAGCAUUCGGCAUGCUGUACUGCAAGUUCAAAAUACUACAGAGGCCAAUAGUAAUGGAUCCAGCAGUGGCCAGAAAAAUUGUUCUGGCCAGCGUUUACCUUCAAAAUUUCAUGAGACGAAACUGUUCAGCUGAAGACGACGACCAGUUUGCCCCGGCUAGUGUGGGCUCGAUGCUGCCCAUCAAACAUACGCCUUUAAAACCCACUGCUGAGUUAAUGGAAAUGCGCAUGUUUGUAGCUAAUUAUUUAGCUUCAAAUUAAUAAAAAG